AGCAACGCAACUGAAGCUGAUGAUGUAGAGCAAGUGUUGGUGGACGUAGAAGGAAAAGACCACAAAGAAAUUACGAACCAUGUGAAGAUGGUCCUUGGCAAGUCAGAUAAAGUUAUUGAAGCUGAAGCUCUGGCUAAAAUGGAGUUGUCUAACCCGGCUAACUUUGGGCCCAAGAAAUAUUUCCUGCGGGAGUGUAUCAGUGAAGUGGAGGGUCAAGUUCCUCAUCCUGGUUUUGUCCCGCUUCCCAAAGAGAUGACUGGCAAAAACAGGGCCAAACUGGCUGCAGGCUCUGACGAGUAAAUACUGUGUGGGAUGAAUGCGAAAAUGCUCAGGAUGCUUUACAUUAAAAAAACAAAUCUUUGGGGU